ACGUGCUUGAACCCACUACGCCGGAUGCGACCAACGAAAAAAGCACCCAGAGACGUCUGACAACCUUGGAAAGGACUGGAAGGGCAGGCAUGUUCACGCCGCAAUCAUAAACCCGACCGGCGGCUUCGUCAUGGGACCGCUCAUGAAGACCUGGGCAGCCGAACUCUCAAGACCACUCUCGAUGUCCAAGUGGCUUCACCUAAGCAUGACAUCUCGCCCCAAUUGGGAAGCCCUUCCGGCGCUUCUAACGGCUGCUACGAACCGCUUCUCAGAUGGGAAUGCAAGUCUACAAGGUCGCCCUCCCUCCUCGGCCGUUUCUGCUGCCAAGCAAGGCAUGUGCGCCAUCGACCAGUCUAUCGCAUGCGAAUAUCAUCCACAGAGCAUCCACGUCGCACAUUUCGUACUCCAUGGGAUGAUGUCACAGAGCAAACCACAAGCUCUGUAGGCAAAGCAAAGAGGCACUAGACGCUCGCCAGAGCUCCCUGUGCCGCUUGGGCCACACUGACUUUGGGCCACACUGACUUCCGCGCCGCUGACUGUGAUUUUUCUACAUCAUUGCAGCGCAAUUGCACAGGUACACCCCAAUGUGUACCGUCA